AAAAAAAACCUAUCAAUCCUUGGGUGGAGUUUUUUUCCCCGUUCUCCACGAGGCAACUGUUUGCUCGGGACACGUACGUGAACCUCCUCAAAUUGGCGCACUAAUCCUAAAAGGAGCCAUGAAGUGUUAAAUGGUAGAAACAGAGAGAGCGGCGCUCAGACACCCGCACGCUGGGGAGAGAGGGAGGAAACAGCGCAGCUCCAAUGCGUCUGUGCAACACAGGCUGAAGAAAAAAAAACUUAUCGACUCACAAAACCAAAAGACCCGCGCCGCGCAAUUAGUGCGAGAAAAUCCACUUUUUCCUCCGGUUUUGAAGAAAAUAAAUAAAUAAAUCAAGCUGGCUCAGUGCGUGUCUCAGCAGCCCACUUUGACAGGUGCUCCUCACCCCCUUUGGAGGACUGUCAACAGCAAGAGGAUGGCAUCAGAGCUGGCAAUGAGCAACUCCGACCUGCCCACCAGUCCCCUGGCCAUGGAAUAUGUUAAUGACUUCGAUCUGAUGAAGUUUGAAGUGAAAAAGGAGCCGGUGGAGCCCGAUCGCAGCAUCAGCCAGUGCAGCCGCCUGGUCGCCGGGGGAUCCCUGUCUUCCACCCCGAUGAGCACGCCUUGCAGCUCGGUUCCCCCCUCUCCAAGCUUCUCGGCGCCCAGUCCGGGAUCAGGGAGCGAGCAGAAAGCCCACUUGGAGGAUUUCUACUGGAUGACCGGGUACCAACAGCAGUUGAACCCCGAGGCUCUGGGCUUUAGCCCGGAGGACGCCGUAGAGGCGCUGAUCAGCAGCAGUCACCAGCUCCAGACCUUCGACGGCUAUGCCAGAGGGCAGCAGUUCGGCGGCGCGGCCGGCGCGGGGGGCGCCAUGCCCGGGGAGGAGAUGGGAUCGGCGGCCGCGGUGGUGUCGGCGGUCAUCGCCGCAGCCGCGGCGCAGAACGGCGCCCCACACCACCACCACCACCACCACCACCACCACCACACAGGGGCACACCACCCCUCCUCCGGCGCGCAGUCCGGCGGCGGCGCGGGGGGCAACCACCAGCACCUGCGCCUGGAGGAGCGCUUCUCGGACGAGCAGCUGGUGACCAUGUCCGUGCGGGAAUUGAACCGGCAGCUGCGCGGAGUCAGCAAGGAGGAGGUGAUCCGCCUGAAACAGAAGAGGAGGACGCUAAAGAACAGAGGCUAUGCCCAGUCGUGCCGGUACAAGCGCGUCCAGCAGCGGCACGUCCUGGAGGGGGAGAAGACGCAACUCAUGCAGCAGGUGGACCACCUCAAGCAGGAGAUCUCCCGGCUGGCCAGGGAGAGGGACGCCUACAAGGAGAAAUACGAGAAGCUGAUCAGCACCGGGUUCAGAGAAAACGGGGGAUCCGGCAGCGACAACAACCCUUCGUCCCCGGAGUUUUUCAUGACGUCGAGAAAAUUCCUCCAUCUGUGAUAGAGAGCGGUGACCUCCAUCGUCCCAUCGCCCUGGAGUCUGAGAUGAUAUGACACUGGAAUGCUGACGUUUCAAAGAGCAACCUACGGCACCCGGACUGCCAUAAAGCACAAUGUCUCAAAAGCAUCCAAACAGCGGCUGCAGGGCCACUAAUCGGCAGCAAACCCAAAGCCAGAGUUCAAUACAAAAAUAAGGAUUCAAACAAAAAAACAACGGGAGGCUGAAAUCCCUCAGUCUACUGGUCAAACAUCAAGGGAAGCAACAGAAAUUACCACCUGUAUUUGCUAUUCAAAUGGACACGGAUCAUCUCAUGAAACCCUCUAAAUUGUAAUUAAGACUUACAAGAUUAUAUAUUGUUGAUAUGUAGGUUGAGUCAAAUAGCAAACUGAACAAUGAUGUCCACACCCAUUUUAGCACAUACCCAGAAUCCAGACUAGUGUAUAUACUGUACAGAAGAUGAAUAGGGACAUUGAUAAGAAUAAACCUUUGCAGAAUAAUGUAUAUAGCCAUAAGAACCAUACCUCUAGUGUGUUUAUACAGUAUAUCCAUAAGUGUCACAUGCCCAUUAAUCCUUAUUUCCUCUGUGCCCCAAAAAAUUUAUUACUAAGAAAACUAUUUGCAAUCCCAUAGAAACUUGGUACUGGACGAGCAGAUGGCAGAUAUACAGACGUUAAUUGGGAAGACGCAAUAUUUGCCGUGCUGAAAUAAAAGAGCUCUUUUUUUGAACAGACAGCAGACAAACGGAUUCGAUUUGACAGUUGCAUAUUUGAAAAAAAAAAAAACAAAA